AUGCACCACCUGUCUAACCUCAAGUGCAACGCUACUGGCCUCGCGCCCGAACACUCCAUGGUCCUCCCUGAGCGCGAGAUGGCCGCGGACGAGGUCGUGUUCAUGAACGGCCUGCUGCAGCUCUAUGUGCAGUACGCGGACGACCUCAUGGCCAUGUUCGCCCCGGAGAUUAUCUACUCGAUGCCGACCGGCAGCGUGGUCGUCGGCAAGGCGGCCGUCGCGGACAAGUUCCGCCAGCUUACCCAAAUGAACCCCGGCCGCGUGAUCCGCCAGCGCCUGCUGCAGACGCCAGAGUCGCUCCCGGCCGGCGCCAUGGUCAUCGACCAGAUGGUGUCGUCUGCCGACGAAAUGCAGCCGGCCAACGUGCGCAACCUGAUCGUGGUGAAGCGCCGCGAGCAGGACGGUCUCAUCACCAGCCUCACCGAAGAAGAGGGCCACCGCAAGGCGACCGUUCCCUUGGCUGCGCGCGUCGGCUCGGCCAACUUGUUCAACUCGCCGACCGAUAACAUGGUCUCGCCGUGCACUUCGAAGCUGAACCUUGCCAAGCGGAGGCACCACCUGAAGGGCAAGCCGACCGCACUCUUUGCUGGAAUGUCGGGCGGUAUGUAA